CGCGGUUUAUUCAAGCCGCAAGUUUGUUCAGCCUUUAACGGGCGACACGCACGCUAAUUGAGUGAAUUCCAAAAAGCAAUUGUUUUUUAUAGAAUUUUCACACGCCGAAGGUGUGCACACGACGGCCGUUGAGGCAUUGGAUCGCCAACUGCUACAGCAACUACACAGUCGUUUAUAAACCUACGAUAAGUGCAGUCCGAAUUAGCACCUCUUAAUUAUUUGUAUUGAUUUAAUAAUUGGUCAAAAUGAAUAAUGGUGACGUAGAGGAAAACCCCUUCGUACAUGCUCUGCAGUCAGAAGCUUUAAACGAACUUCUCAAAGACAGGAGCAAACGGGAGAUGGCAGUACAGUUGGUGGACAAUUUGAAAAGAUUGUCCGGCAUGUUCGACAAGCUGUCCGAUCAGGAGAAGCAACAGUUCACUAUGGAGUUCAAAAGUCAAUUCAUUACUCAGCUGGAAGGAUUGUCGGAAAUGGUAAAAGAACAGAAGUUAACCCAUCAAAACUCCGAAAGUAUGAGAACGAUUCCCGUUUUCGGAUCCAGCGAGAUUUUAAACGAACAACUAGACUUGUAUCUGAUGAUCGCGUUUGGGUUGUUGGUAUUAUUGUGUGUGGUGUUCUUCGGCUAUAAACUGUAUCUAUCACUGACCGAAAAGGAGCGUAAGCUCCAGGAGAAACAGAAAGCCAAGCAGAGCAAAAAGAAGAAAUAAGAGAGUAGUCGGACGGUUCGCCACCAUCGAUAACAUUACAUUCCACAGGUGAAAGACUAGCUCUUAGUUCUGGUGAAAAGCUCGAGUUUUUCGCCCAUCCCUCCCUCUACGAAGCGCAAUCAAGUGAGACUUUAUAGUACUAUUUAUAAUACCUAUUUUACAAUAGUUGCUUUUGAUUCAGUCUCUGCAAUUAUAAGUAAGCAGAUCAGAUCUAACUACAUAUGAGCGGUAUUUAGAUGAAAUGAAACAUUUCUUUUGUCUGUUACGUUUGGAUAUCUUUUGUCAGGAAGAAAAACUUUAAAAAAAUAUAAGUGACAAUGUUAAAGAAUUUUUUCAGAUAUGUUUUAUAUAUACAUAUACAAAACGGUAUAUAACUUGGACGUCAAUCAAAUCAAAUCAAUAAUGAAAACAUCCGUAGAUGAUAUUAGUUUUGCAAAGUGAGUUUAGCUUAAAAUGAUGAAUGAAAAGAAUAAACUAUAAUCUUAACAAAA